CUGGCGGUUGGGAGCCUCCAGGCGGGUGCUGGGAACAGUCUAGUCUCUCCCGCCAGGAGGACGUUUCCCAGCAGCGGCUCUCCUCGGCGGGCUCAGCCACGUGCCUGCGUGAGCUCUGGGGAGCAGGCCCCCUUGGCCGACUCCUGCCAUCCAGAGUCUGCAGCCGCAGGUCUCAGCGCGCCCCACGGGCCGAGCCUCAGUUCCGGUUAGCCCGCUCCCUCCGCCUCCUCGCCUCUCCCUCCUCCUUGCCUCACCCUCCUCCGCUCGCCAAGAUUGGCCGGGAAACCCGCCAAUGGGGAGCCCGGGGAGGCGGGUCUAGAACGCGGGCUGGAGGAAGAAAAGCGCGUUUCAAGUCGGCCGCUGCGUGGGCCCCGAGUGGGGGAGGGACGGCAGUUUUGAAGAGAACUGGCCAGACAUGCUGUAGGCUAGCCCUCUUCUGGAAUGAUGACACAGAGGUUUUUCUCACUGGAUCUCGGAGUAUCCAGGCCCCCUCCACCAUGGCCAGCCGGGGUGGGGGCCGGGGUCGUGGCCGAGGCCAGUUGACCUUCAACAUGGAGGCUGUGGGCAUUGGGAAGGGUGAUGCUUUACCCCCGCCCACUCUACAGCCUUCUCCACUCUUUCCUCCCUUAGAGUUCCACCCGGUGCCUCUGCCCGCGGGAGAGGAAGGGGAGUAUGUUCUGGCACUGAAGCAGGAGCUGCGCGGGGCCAUGAGGCAGCUGCCGUACUUCAUCCGGCCAGCUGUCCCCAAGAGAGAUGUGGAACGGUACUCAGACAAGUACCAGAUGUCUGGGCCAAUGGACAAUGCCAUCGACUGGAACCCUGAUUGGAGGCGUCUACCCAGAGAGCUCAAGAUUCGAGUUCGGAAACUACAGAAGGAACGGGCCACCAUUAUACUCCCCAAGAGGCCCCCUAAGACCGCGGAUGACAAGGAGGAAACAAUACAGAAGCUGGAGACUCUAGAGAAGAAGGAGGAGGAAGUGACCUCAGAGGAGGAUGAGGAGAAGGAAGAAGAAGAAGAGAAGGAAGAGGGGGAAGAAGAGGAGUACGACGAGGAAGAGCAUGAAGAGGAAACUGAUUACAUCAUGUCAUAUUUUGACAAUGGAGAGGACUUUGGAGGUGACAGUGAUGACAAUAUGGACGAGGCUAUAUACUGAAAAUCUGGGCCCCUACAUCCUUGAUUUUCGAUAUAGGAUCUAAAAUUAUGUAGGGUUUUUCCUGUUUUUGUUAUUAUUGUUUUUGAGACAGGAUCUCACAUAGCUCAGGCUGGCCUGGAACUCAGUAAGUAACUGAGGUUUCCUGAACUCUUACCCUCCUGCCUCCAGCGUCCAAGUCUUGAGAUUCCUGCACCAUCACCGCAGACUUCCUAUCACUUACCCCUGUGGGGGAAAAUCAGUCAGAGUCCAGGGGACCUGCCGAGCAGCAAUGGCAAAUCUGUGUCACCUCCCCCAUUCGGGGAAAAGGCUGGCAUCUUAGUAUGAAAGAAGACUUGAAGUGCAGCUGGGUUGCUAGCAUGGAGACAGCUGUGUACACCUCUGCUUGAUUUUUAUAAGCCCUUAUGGACGUCCUUGGGGUGGAAACAGUUAAGAGGAGUAAGGCCUGUUUUGUAUUUUUAAAUAAAAUGUUUGUAUCUGU